AUGACAAAAGCCGAUCACAUGAAAGUUACUCAUGUGUCUGCUAGAUACAAGAUUGGAGACUCAUUCUUUCUGCUACCUUUGCCAGAGGUUCAGGAAUUGCUGGCGGCAUCAAUCGAAAAGAUCGAUGAAGACGUGACCACCGUCGAAGAGAAGUUAAGCGAGCUCAGAGAUGAGAUGCAGCAGUUGAAGACGGCACUUUACGGACGUUUCGGCCGCAGCAUCAAUCUCGAGGCAUAG